AUGACACUCAACGACAGUAUCGUCGACGCAUCCAUUGCCGACUUGUCGAAAGCUCUAUCUAGCGGAAAGUUGACUUCAGUCGACUUGGUUGCCAAAUAUCUGCUGCGCAUCAAUACCUACGACUGCAGAAACACCGCCCUCAACUCAAUCCCAUUGAUCAACGAGGAUGUGUUUGAAGAAGCAGCCGCUGCGGACGAUCGUCGUGCCGCUGGCCAAGCAAAUGGCCUCCUCGAAGGGAUUCCCUUCACCGUGAAGGACAGCUACAAAGUUCGUGGGAUGACUGUGGCUAGCGGCUCGGAAGCUUUUGAAAACCUUGUCGCCAACGAAGACGCAUUCACCGUCAGAGCUCUGCGGGAAGCUGGCGCCGUCCUGAUGGGUCGGACGAACAUGUGUCCCAUGGCAUACGGCGGAAUGCUCCGCGGCGUGUAUGGGAGGGCAGAGAGCCCGUAUAACAAAGACUAUCUCCCAGCUGCCUUUGGAUCUGGGUCUUCCAAUGGGAGCGGCGUCUCUGUUGCAGCAUCCUUUUCCGCCUUUGGUAUGGGCGAGGAGACGGUGUCGUCUGGCCGCUCUCCAGCUUCAAACAACGCAUUGGUUGCGUAUACUCCUUCGCGAGGACUUAUAUCCAUACGCGGCAAUUGGCCACUGUAUCCCACCUGUGAUAUUGUAGUUCCCCAUACACGCAGCAUGGAUGACAUGUUCGUCCUGGUGGAUGUGCUUACCAGACAGGACUCCGAGACCAUUGGGGAUUUCUGGAGAGAUCAACCGUUUACACAGCUUCCAGCGUCUCCGUGGUCUGGCGUUCCAAGACCUUUAGCCCCUGCCAAACUCAACGCUGGAUACCUCAACGGGAAGCGAAUCGCAGUUCCGCAGAUAUACCUCAAGCAGCAGGACGGCGGACCAUAUGUAUCCCGUGCAAUCGAGCCGCUGUGGCUCCAGGCACGAGCGGACCUCGAGGCCGCCGGUGCAAUCGUCGAGACCAUCCCAGAUCUCCCAGUCCUGCAGAUAUACGAGGAAAUGCUGCGACAGCCCAACAACGAUGACAAGAUAUCUUCGUCAUCUCUCCCUUACCUCCCAGACAACUGGAACGCAACCGAGCGAGGACUUCUCAUUGCCCAUGCCUGGGAGGACUUUCUGCAGAACAACCACGACCGGCACAUCCAGUCCUUGUCCCAAGUGGAUCCGAAACGGAUCUUCCCUCACUUACCACGCGACAACCCCCAAGUCAAGUUCACCGAACCAGCCAAUGCCGUCCAUUGGGCGAAGUUGGCAGGCUACGUUGUUACCGAUCGGUCGUCGACCGCGAGUAGCAGACGGGGCAAGAGCAGCGCCAUCUACGACGUUCCUCAUCUCGAGAAUGCCGUGCGGGCUCUCGAACAGAUCCGAAUCCGCUUCUUCGAGGAUUGGAUGUCCGCUCACAACUACGAUUUGGUUGCCUUCCCUGCCGCAGGCGACGUUGCCCGCGCCGACGCCGACAUUGACGACAACAGCGCACGACAUGCUUGGACGGACGGAGUCAAGUACAGCCAUGGCAAUAGGGCGUUGCGGCACUUGGGCAUACCGAGUGUAACCGUCCCAAUGGGGAUUUUGGAGGACUCGAAGAUGCCCAUGGGCUUGACGUUCUUGGGUCGGGCUUACAAUGAUCCCGACUUGCUGCAAGCCGGUUAUGCAUAUGAACAGCAAAGCAAGAGGAGAGUUGCGCCACCAUUGACGCCGCUUUUACCAUCAGACGAAAUUCCCCCUCGGGUACAAGUAUUGUCCAAACCAAGACCCAAACUGGCAAUUACGAGGUGUGCUACUAGCCCGGGUCAAGAUGGCAACCUGGUCGUUUCUAUCGAGGGGUCUGUGUCUGCGGCACCAGACUCCGGCGAGACUUCUUCUGGCCCCAUUCUGGAGAUAUACAUCGACGGUCAACGUGUCCCUUCGUCACUGAUCUCGAUCGAAGCACUCACAGCGGCGACGACCGGAGAAAACAACGUCUCAAAUUUCGUCUGUGAAUACCCAACGCUUCCGCCACCAGUGCAGGACGACCGCAGCCGCGUAGUCGGCAAGAUCGCCCGAGACGGUACGAUGGUCAUGGUCAUUGCACGGAGCGGGGAAGACGGUCGGCCAUCGGGAUAUGUGAAAGUGAUACAUUGA